UAUAAAGAUUGAAGUUUGAAUUCCGAGUUCUAUAUAAUUCGCGGUGUGAGAAUCUAAAUACUAGUUGAAAAAGAAGGAGAAUUUUGUCUUUUACAACCUUUCUAAAUGCACUACACUACUUCAUCUCUUCUCUCACCCCAUUUCUUCAUUCAACCAUUUCCCUCAAAAUCUCAUCAAUGAAGAAAAACAACAAAAACAACCCUUCUUCACCUUCUCAAUGAAACCAACAAUAACUCUCAUUUUCAUCUUCGCCGUUAUUUUCACCACAACAACCGUAAACAGCCUCGGCAUCGCCUCCACAACUGCCAUAACCUACAACACCUCCACUAUAUGCGGCAUAGUUGCCAGUAAGCCCCACCAAUAUAUCCAAUGCUACCAAAACAAAAAACUCAUUCCAAUAGUCCUCCCCAAUGUUUCCUUUCAGUCCAUUUCUGGUGGCCGCAGUUUCUUCUGCGGCCUCCGUUUUAAUGGACUGAGUUUCUACUGUUGGGACACAAGGACACCAAAGUCUUUUCUCGAACCUAGAAGAUUGUAUUACAGUGAAAACGUUCAGUUGAGUGAUGUAGCUGUUGGUGAUGAUCAAGUUUGUGCCAGAGAGUUGCAUUCUGGUAUAGUAAGGUGUUGGAGAGGCUAUGGUGGAAAUAAUGGAGUUGAGUUUCCUUCUCCUGAUGAAAGUUUUCGGUUUCGAACCGUUACUUGUGGUUCUAGUUUUUGUUGUGGGAUAUUGAAGGUGAACAAUACAGUUUUUUGUUGGGGUGAAAAUGGAGAAAAUGGUGUUGAGAAUUUGAUUCAGAAACAGUUUACAAAUUUAUCAAUGUCAACAUUGGUUUCUGGUGUGUCACAUGUUUGUGGUUUGAAUCUUAAUGGUGUUUUGAUUUGCAAAGGAAAGAACAACAACAAUGAUGAGUCUGGUAAGUUAAAUGUUCCUUUGAAUUCUAGUUCUGUUUUUUCAGCUCUUGCUUUAGGUGAAAAUUUCACUUGUGGCAUUAGAAUUAAAAAUGGACUUGUUCAAUGUUGGGGUGGUGAUUUUGGUAGUGAUUUUGAUAGUGAUAAUGUGAAUAAUCAUGUUAUGAAAAGUGUUUCUUUUGAGUCAGUUGUUGCUGGUUUGGAUUUUGUUUGUGGUUUAACGACUAGGGAUUUGUCUCUAAUUUGUUGGGGUAAUCCUAAUUGGUAUUCUAAGCAUCAUUUUAAGAAUGAUGUUUAUGUUCCAUUAGGAAUGAUUCUUCCUGGUCCAUGUGUUAAGGAUGAUUCUUGUAACUCAUGUGGUGUGUAUCCAAAUUCUGAUUUUCUAUGUCAUGGAUUUGGAAGUAUUUGUUAUCAAUGUCGAACCGAGCUUCCGAUUGCCGUGCAAUUGCCACCACCUUUAUCAACAUCAUCAUCAUCACCUAAUAAACAACCUUCUUUAGAUAAUGAAGAAAAAGGAACAAGAGGUUGGAAACUUAUGACAUUUUUGAUUAUUGGAUCAGUUGGUGCUUUUGCUGGUUUAUGCACUAUUCUUUAUUUUGUUAUGAUUGGUUCUAGAAGAUUGUUAAGGUCGAAAAUCGAUAAUUCGGUUCAACCUACAAGUAGUGAAUCUGAUGAUGCUUAUGUUGAUAUAGCUCCAAUGCAAAAUGUUGGUACUAUUAAUAAUAAUGGAACAUCAACAUUAAGAUCUUUUUCAAGUAAAAGACAUAGUUCAGGUAGAUUAAGAAGUGGUUCAUCGUCGAAGCAAUUAGACAGAACCGAGAGUUUUUCAUUUUGGGAAUUAAUUGCAGCUUGUAACAAUUUCUCAAUGGAAAACAAAAUCGGUUCCGGUAGUUUCGGGUGUGUUUACAAAGGGAGACUAUUCGACGGCCGUGAAGUUGCAAUUAAACGAGGCGAUACUUGCUUGAGGAAGAAGAAAUUUCAAGAAAAAGAAACUGCUUUUGAUUCUGAGUUAACUUUAUUGUCAAGGCUUCACCAUAAGCAUUUGGUGAGAUUAAUUGGUUUCUGUGAAGAGAAUGAUGAGAGACUUUUGGUUUAUGAGUAUAUGAGUAAUGGAUCAUUACAUGAUCAUUUGCAUGAUACGAACAAUGUUGAGAAAAAUAGUAGCAUUAUGAAUUCAUGGAAAAUGAGAAUCAAAGUUGCAUUAGAUGCUGCAAGAGGGAUUGAGUAUAUUCAUAACUACGCGGUACCGCCGAUUAUUCAUAGAGAUAUUAAAUCCUCAAAUAUACUUAUUGACUCAAAUUGGAAUGCUAGGGUUUCCGAUUUCGGAUUAUCGUUAAUCUGGCAAGAAACCGAACAAGAAUUGAUGUCGAAUAUACAAGCAGUCGGAACCGUCGGUUAUAUAGAUCCCGAGUACUAUGUUUUGAAUGUUUUAACAACAAAAAGUGAUGUUUAUGGUUUAGGUGUUGUGAUGUUGGAACUUUUGACAGGUAAAAGAGCAGUGUUUAAGAAUGAAGGUGAAUCAGAUCCUAUUGGUGUGGUUGAAUAUGCAGGAGGAAAAAUAGGAACAGGUGAGGUUUGGAAUUUGUUGGAUCAUAGAGUUGGAAUACCAGAAGUUAAUGAAGUUGAAUCUGUUGAGAUUAUGGCUUAUACUGCUAUGCAUUGUGUUAAUUUGGAGGGUACAGAUAGGCCUAAUAUGGUUGAUAUUGUUGCUAAUUUGGAAAGGGCUUUGGCUUUUCUUGAGGGUAGUCCUGGUAGUUUUUCUAUGUCUUCAUUAUAGUGUCAAUAGAUGAAAAAAAAAAUUUACUUUCAAUCACAUUUUAGUUUGUUGUUUUUUGUUUUGUGAAAUUAUUCUUUAGGUUAUAAAUUUAUAAAGUUAUGUAAAAAAUAAAUACACUUAUUAUAUAUGAUUUUAGUCUCUAUGUUCAAGGUUCGGUAUGGUGAGAAAAAAAUUCGAGAAUUAGAGAGCUAAAUAUAUCUAUAGAUU